AUGUCAAGAGUCUUCUCAGACCUUAACUUAAGCGCUUGUCCMCGACACUCGUCAAGUCGCUCCGAUGAUUCAAAGACUGCUUUCUCUGGACUCAAAGCCCAACUGAAACGCGUUUUGGACUUCAAGUUAAUAACCUACCAAGAUAACUUUGAGCGUGAUAACGAAAUGGCGUUGAGUUUUAGUCUUCCAUGUAGCGAGCGUCCCGAGUGUCUUUACGACUUUUGUAAAAUCAAGGACAGUUGGAUAGCUACUUGCAAUGAGAACAGUGCMGAGGAAGGCAGCGAUGCAGUCAAGUUCUUCAAACGAGUUUACAAACGUCACUUGAAAGACGUCUGCUUUGUAACGGGUUUUGACUGCAACGACAGAGCAAAGCUUUUUGUUGACUAUUUGGUGUACUUAAAAAUMAAAUCAAAAUUACAACGUUUUAUUGGAGGUACUCUUCCACAUAUUCCCCCAGUGAGACUGUCGUCACGCAAACUACCGUGCCGAAAACACAUGUUCGCGUCCGAAACCGAUUUCACCAGAUGCUUGGAGAACCUGAGAAGAAAGAACGAAGAGAUCCUCUUCCAGAGAAAUGUCAGAGGAAUUCGACUUUUGGAUCAAAUUCGCAAGAACCUUUCAGAAAAGCCGUGCGUCAUACUAGCAAUGGAUCUGGAAGUAUUUGAAAACAAUCCCAAAGAAAUCCUGGAAAUUGGUUAUACACUUUUCCGUAUGGAUUCUCUGGAAAAAGAGGAAUGCCAAAUUCUCACGUGCAAGCACUACGUCAUCAUUGAUAACAAACACCUCAAAAAUGAACAACUCAUGCCCGAUAACCGAGACAAAUUCCGUUUCGGGAUCACCGAGGAAAUUACGAUACGAGACGCMAAGAAGGUCGUAGAAGAUAUCGUAGGUCGCGCUGAAUACAUAGCUGCCCACGCCGCUUGUAAUUUAGUUGAGUAUCUUCACCAACGAGGGAUAAAUCUCCGCGAAGUCGAAGUCAUUGAUACGAAGCUACUACACACAGCGGUGUGUCCAUUUGUUGGUGAGCAUGCGCAAAGAGAUUUGUGUAAAAUAAUGCAUGAUUUUGGUAUAUCGAUUGACGGCUGUAGCAUUGACAGUAUGGACGCUUCUCAGGUGUUGAACAACGCUGGGAAUGAUUCUUUUUAUACCAUGGAAGUGUUUAAGACACUGGUUAGAUUAAAACCAAUGAGCACCGACUGUACUAUGGACKGUCGGUAACGUUGCUUAUCCGUCAUGCCAUGCGGCGAUGAAAACAACAGUCGUUGGAAAAGGAAUCUAUUUUUCAUAUCACAACAGUUAAAUCACCUCAGAACUGAGAACAAACGUUAAUCAUGUGAUGGAGCCGAAGUCAACCUGUUAGAUGAGUUUUAGCUCAACAGCAAAAACCCAUUUACACAGGUAACCYAACUUCRAAGAGAUGCAAAGAAACUUAUCAACACAGGGAACCCAUCUAGCUAGAGAUACAUUGAUGUCCAUCAAAACAACCAAUCGAUAGUGAUCUUAUAAACAAUGCAGCGAGGUUAUCAAUAGCGCUUUGAUGAAUUGCCUUGUGCAAGUUGCCUUGAAGCUUAUAUAACAUACCGGGCGUUUAAGCUUAUCAUGUUAAGUUAUUCGCCCGGGCCCCGGGGUUAUACGACGCUUAAUGGAGUCAGUUGAAAAAUUCCGCAAAGCAAAUGACGCGAAAGUGGAAAAUUCAAUAUCUAGCCAAAAUACAUCAGGUCAUUUUAAAUUCUUUUUUAAAUCUAUGAAGAAUUUCCUCAAUUUUCUCAUCUAAAUAGCUUUAAUUAGUAUUGAAUAGAACAACAAUUGAAUUAAUGGUCCAUAAUGGCACCCAAACAUUUUUUAGCRCUACAUUUUGUGAUAUGCCUUCCAUAUUCGAUAAUUUUUACGCCAACAUUUGGUUUAAUCUUACCUUUUUUUCUUGAAGCGCUAUACGCUUGAGCWUUUUUGGUUUUAUUUGUCCAGUUUUUAGGGMUAUAAAAUGACUAAAACCUCCAGAUAUUGCAGACAACGAACAAAUGAGGUACGUCCGCCAUGUUGGAAUUCCUUAGMAACCAGGCCUUUAGCAAGAAAGGAAUCCCAAAAGCACAGGGAUCCCAAACGAAAUGUGUGAUGCACUAUAUAUAUUUGAGAGUGAAUCAUUGAAUCAUUAUUGCUUGUUUUUUAAUCAAAAAAUGAUGAAAUCCACAUUGGAAUGCUAAGAUGUCUUCCAAAAUAUUUUUAUUAUCAAAAUAAUAUUCAAUUUCAAUAAUUCAAUUACAGUACAAUUUAAUCUAA